GUCCACACAGGCGUGUAGAUGGACAGCUAGGCGCUCGGUUUCCCAGGAUUUUUCUCUUGUACGGUGGCCGUCAAGGACCCGCUGGAGUGGCUUUGUUUACCGAUCGGAGGAACCGCGAGAGAGAAAAUAGGAGAGGCCGAAGCUGGCGUGGUGGAGCGCGAGAAACAAGCGAUAAUAACGACGGCUGUAACUACAGUAACUCGUACAACUCGAAAGGGCGGGUAGUUUAGGGGUUAUUUUUGUGCCAGCGGAAGAGCUGCUUGUGCAAAGAGCAGAGAGGGGAGGAUGAGUGUGGACAAGGCAGAGCUGUGUGACUCGUUACUACACUGGCUGCAGACGUUCCAGGUGCCAUCCUGUACCAGCAAGCAGGACCUGACCAGCGGGGUGGCCAUUGCCCACGUGCUGCACAGGAUAGACCCAUCCUGGUUCAAUGAGACUUGGCUGGGUCGAAUCAAGGAGGAAAGCAGCACCAACUGGCGCCUGAAGGUCAGCAACCUGAAGAAAAUUCUUCAAAGUGUGCUGGAGUAUUACCAUGAUGUGUUGGGGCAUCCGAUUUCAGAUGAGCACUUGCCAGACGUCAGCCUGAUCGGUGAAAUGGGAGAUGUGAGCGAACUGGGCAAGCUGGUGCAGCUGGUGCUCGGCUGCGCUGUCAGCUGUGAGAGAAAGCAAGAACACAUCCAGCAGAUCAUGACUCUAGAGGAGUCUGUACAGCACCUCGUUAUGAGUGCUAUCCAGGAACUGCUAACCAAAGAUACAGUGGAGCCAGGAAGCCCAGAGAUGUAUCCUGACUUUGACUAUGAGUCCAGGAAGUACUAUUUCCUCAGUGAGGAGGCAGUGGAGAAUGAGGACUUGAGCCAGCGCUGCCGCGAUCUCGAGCGUCAGCUAUCGGCAGCGCAAGAGGAGAAGGCAGCUCUGGAGACUGAAGCACGGUCUCUGAGGGAGAGGCUGAGUCGGAGCGACACCCCCGAUGCCGUCGCGGGCAAGAAGCUGCUGCUGCUGCAGAGCCAGUUAGAGCAGCUACAAGAGGAGAACUUCAGGCUGGAGAGCAGUCGGGAUGACCUGCGCCUCCGUGGGGACCUGCUCGAACGAGAGCUCUCAGAGCUUCAGCGGCGCAAUGAGGAGCUUUCCAGCCUGGCCCAGGAGGCCCAAAGCCUCAAGGAUGAAAUGGAUGUGCUCAGGCACUCCUCGGACCGCGUGGGCCGGCUAGAGGCCCUGGUGGAGACAUACAAGAGGAAGCUAGAGGACCUGGGCCAUCUGCGGCGGCAGGUGCGGCAGCUGGAGGAACGCAACACCGUGUACAUGCAGCGCACCUGUGAACUGGAGGAGGAACUGCGUCGUGCCAACACUGUGCGCAGCCAGCUGGAUGUCUGCCAGGUCCAGGUGCAAGAGCUCCACACCAAGCACUCAGCUGAAUCCCUGAAGGCGGAGAAGUGGAAGUUUGAGUACAAGAACCUCCAUGACAAGUACGAGGCAAUGCUGAAAGAGAAGGAGCGUCUCCUUGCAGAGAGGGACACGCUGCGGGAAACGAACGAGGAGCUCAGGUGUGCGCAGGUGCAGCAGACGUGUCUCAGCCAAGCAGGUGGCCUGUGUAGCGACCCAGGCACAGUGGGGAAUCUGGCAUCGGAAAUCAUGCCCACUGAGUUCAAAGAGACGCUGGUGCGGCUGCAGAAUGAGAACAGCAUGCUGUGCGCCCAGGAAGAGAGUUACCGUCGGCAGCUGCUGGAGCUCCAGGCCCAGCUGGAGGCAUCACAGCGAAGCCGCACUGCAGCAGAGACCCAGAACAGGCUGAACCAGCAGCAGAUCUCGGAGCUUCGCACACAGCUGGAGGACUUGCAGAGGGCCUUGGAAGAAAAGAACAGUAAAGCUGAAGAUGCCAUCGCAUCCUUGUUGAAGAAGAAGCUGGAACAACACCUGGAGAAACUCCAUGAGGCACACUCCGAUCUCCAGAAGAAGAAGGAGUUCAUAGAUGACCUGGAGCCCAGAGUGGACAGCCACAUGUCAAAAAGGAUUGAUGAGCUGCAGGAGAGCCUCAGGAUGAAGGACGAGGACAUGAAGCAGAUGGAGCGGCGUUACAAGCACUACGUGGAGAAAGCACGGAGGGCGAUUGACACCCUGGACCCUGGGCAGUCAUCCCAGCCUGCUCCUUCUGAGACACAGUCACUGAAGAACCAACUCACUAAUAAGAACCGGAAAAUCCACAGCCUUGAGCAUGAUCUCGAGAAGGCCAGGUCCAGACGCGACCAGGAGGAGAAGAUCAUCAUCAAUGCCUGGUACAACAUGGGCAUGGCACUGCACCAGAAGGUGGCCGUUGAUCGCUCAGGAUCACCAGGUCAAGCCCAGUCCUUCCUAGCCCAGCAGAGGCAGUCCACCUAUGCCAGGAGAGGCCUCUCAUCCAGACUGCAGGCCAGGCAGGAGGGGGAGAAGCUGGGGAAGAUAUGAGGGACGAGAGAGGAGGAUGAGGGAGAGUCCAUAGGACAGGGGUCAGCAACUCUGCUCCUCACAUGCCAACAGACUCAUAGUCAUUUAGCUCAGCUGGACUGAAAACCAGCAUCCCUGUGGCAUGUGAGGACCAGGGUUGUAGACCCCUGCAACAGACAGAGAUGCAACUGCACUGUUGGUGUUUGAGUGAGUACAUUUCUUUCAUAAGCUCAUUAUUCAAAAGCAUACACUGUUUCGCAUCACUUACCCAGGUAAGAGGUGCCCUGCCUAAUGGUUCCUCUUUGUGAAGAAUUUUUUACCGCCUUGUGGACACAUGUAGUGAUUACACCCCCUUGUGGAGACGCGUUGCGAUUUGCACCAGCUGGCACUUCGGUGCAAAUGACCAACUCAGAAACACACUUUCGAUGCUGCCAAACAUUGUUAACCUUGAAUAAGGUUUUAACCGCUGCCGAGCAGAAGUAUGAAGAACGAAGACAUCUUUCAUCUAUGAGAUGCUGUGAGUCUUGUGAUGGAGGUCCUUUGUCUUUUUAAGAUUUUCUAUUUUUAUAAGCCAUGUAGGACAUUUUUCCUGAGAACAUUGGGAAGUGGAGAACUCUGAAGAGAAAGGCUUGAGAAGCCUUAACAAUUUGGAAAGUUGGGGAGAAAGGUUACAUCAAUAUUAGCUGUUACAGAUAUUGAAAUACACGUAUUUUCCAGUUUGUUUUGUAGGUCUUUGUGUUGCCUAAGGAGAAAUGUUUCUGUUUUGCAUUUGUAUUUUUUAGCAGUUUGUUACCCUGAGAUGAUAUGAGUUUUAAUACCCUGCUGUGUAAAUGGGUAAGUAAUUUAAUUUGAUUACCUAAAAUUGUAAGUCACCUUGGACAAAGGUGUUGCCUAAGUAAAGGUACAUUUUUUUUUUUUUUAAAGAAUUUAUGUUGCCAUAGCCCUUAAGAAGGGUGCUUUAUGUUGUACCUUUUUGUUUUAAAUUAUAUAUGUAUAUUUAGCCUUUAUUUAACACUUCUUUCUUGGAAACACAAGAACUUUUUAAAUGCCCAUUCAGAAGUUCGCUGGCUUUGCUGGCAGUACAGAAAAUAAAUCUGAGCCUCAGGAGGCAUAAGUUACGACCUAAAGAAAACCUACCGUUUUUGUGUUUUUUUUAUACUUACCCAUCCAUGAUACUAAAUUCUGUACAUUUGCCCAGUGAGACAGAAGCAGGUUCUCUAAAGUACUUCCCAGUAGAUACAGGAAAAUGGAUCUGUGAUUGAUGGAGGUGGGUAAG